AUGGCUGUACAAGAGAAACAGUGCGCGUCAUCGAGCGAAUUUCAAGUGGAGAGGGAAUGGCUACACGCAGCGAGCAAUGGAGAUGUCGACCGAAUGAAGGUUCUGCGCGAAAAAUGCCCGAAGUGGCUCGACCUUGACCGGAUCGAUGUUAAUUCGGCGGACCCGCCCGAUGAAGCUGAAGUCUUGUGGACCUCGAGAUUUUGCAGCUGGGACGGUUUUCACUUGAGCACCAUUGGGGCGUCAGCUCUGCAUACAGCUACAUGGCACGGAGACAAAAAGAUCAUGGAGUAUCUGCUCGAAGAAGGGCAGGAUCCGGAUUCUGGAGGCGACACUGGCAUCACGGCUGUCAUGCUCGCGGUCAUGCGCCAUAACCUGCAGGCGACACGCUGUAUCUUCCGGGGAAGAGUGGCCAUCCAGCGCAACCUAGUGCUUGACGUACGUCCCUGUAUGUUGCAUAGUAGAUCUCAAUGCUCCCACUAA